GUUGAGUUUGAAUCGCGCACCGUUUCAGUUCAGUUGAUCAAUCGCCGUGACCAACUCCUUAAGUUGGUUCUUGAAUCAAACUUCAUAACCAAAUCCGGAUUUUGACAGUUUAAAAUUUCAAAAUGAUUGAUAAUGCUUACUUAAGCUAUUCGGAGGGCAAAUACGAGGCGGCUCCUCAGAGGCGAUCAAAGAAACCAUCACUUGCAAAACGUCUUAAAGUUACCCUGUUCAUAGUGAUACCAAAGGUAGUCUACGUGCUGUUGGCAUGUCUUGUUGUGAUCAUGUGGGAAUUCAUUCAGCUGCUGUUGCCCAAGAAGAAGAAAAGUGUCAAGGGUCAAGUUGCACUGGUAACCGGGGGAGGAAAUGGCUUGGGAAGGGCUCUGUGUAUGAGAUUGGCCAAGGAGGGAUGUUCGGUGGCCGUUUGUGAUAUCGAUUUGCCAAAUGCCGAGAAGACCGCAAAAGAUAUAUGGGAAAGCUAUGGAGUGAAGGCGAAAGCUUUCCGAGCAGAUGUUGGCGAUGAAAGCUCGAUCGCUGAGCUUAGGAAAAACAUCGAAGCGACGCUUGGCCCGGUGGAUAUUCUUGUCAACAAUGCUGGUCUGCUGGCUUUCCUUUCCCUAUCGCAGGGAAGUACGGAAGAUGUUAAGCGAAUUUUCGACGUCAAUUUGAUGUCACAUAUCUGGGCACUUCGCGAGUUUAAACCAGGAAUGUAUGAACGACGUCGUGGACAUAUCGUAGCUAUCAGUUCUAUUUUAUCGGUACUAACCAGUGCCCGUUCAAUCAGCUACAACGUGACGAAGGCGGGCGUGAAAACCCUGAUGACGUCCUUGCGUGAGGAAAUAAUCCUGGACGGACUCGGCGAUUGCGUUUUCACCACCUGUGCCUAUCCAACGGGAAUUCUGUCACGAAAGGAUUUCUACGACCUUAUGAAAUCCAUGAAGAUCAGCGUUCCAUAUCUCACCCCAGAACGUUGUGCCGGCUAUGUGAUAGACGCCAUGCUCAUAAACCAGAUGGACGUGAUUCCCGGAUUUUUCCCAGCAAAACUUGCGUUCUACUUAUUCCCAUUGGUUCCAGCAUCCCUAGCUCGGAUGGUAACCAACCAAAUAGUCGGAAAGGUCCCAGAGCUGAUGAAAUCGCCUGCCAAAGAUGCUAAGCAAUCUUGAAAAAAAUCAAAUAGACAAAACAAAACAUUAUUGUAGCGAUAAGUAGGAAAAUACUCUGUGUUUAGUUUAAUAUUGUGAUAGAAAAAUGUAAGAUGGGUGAUCAAACUGAAGAAUAUUUUGCGAAGAUUUAAUAUGUAAAUGUCUCCAAAGCAUUCCAAAGUCGAAAAAUAAAAAAGAUGUGAUUGUAUUUACAACCAAUCAAACCGCUAAAAAAGAAACAAAACACUAAGUGAAACAUCUUUAAGCUUCAUACUUCGCUGAAAGUUUUCCAUCUUUUCUGAAAAUUAAAAAAAAAAAGAACUGACCUCUCACACUACGGCCUGAGUUGCGAAUCAAUGAUUCCAAAUAACUGCUUACCCAAGCUGAAUUAAGCUGACCAGCUAGAAAGGUAUCAUUUUUUUUUUACAUUAGUUUCUUCCAUUUUCCGUCGGUUGAUGAAAACAGAUUCAAUUUUGCUCAGGCCAAACUCUACUGUUCAUGGCCGAACUAACUUA